GCAGCGCGGACCAAUCCGCGGGGCCGGUGCUGAGAGGUGGAGGCAGGCGGGUGACUGCGCGUUAGUUUGUGCUCCAGAUUAUUGUUAAGGUUGUAUGGACUAUCACUGCGGACUCCAGCCCUGUUUCAGUACAACUACAUCCAUUAAACGUUUUAGCGCUGAUAUUAAUCACAGCGAGCCCGGGGGAGCAGCGCUGUGCAGCGGGGCAGGAGCGCGGUUACUGUAAAAUAGUGCGCGGCUUGAGGAACCGGGGACCCGGGCAGGGAGAUGAAGCGGAGCAGGCCGGCUCCAGACUGGACGGAUAAAACACACGAGCCCGGAGACGAAGCGGGCAGAGCCGGGUCCGCACACUGACGGGAGGGACCUGGAAGUCCAGCUGAGGUGUUAACUCCGCCACACAUGGCUGCGAUGGCUGCCACAGAAAGUGAAAGCGGCGACUGAGACCCUCCCCAGCCCACACGGUUUGCACUGGCCUCCUGGACUUGUGGGGUACGAUGGCCAACUCUGUCGCCACCCUGGUAGUCCAAACAGAACUUCUCCCCACGCAGCCUUCCUCGUCCCUCUCCCCAUUCCCCUCGCUCCUGACCCCCGUGGAAGAGGGGGAUGACGAUGGAGAGAAGGGUGAGGAAGAAGAGAAAGAAACGGUCGUACUCACAGGCGUCGAAAUGGUGACAUCAUCAACAUCAGCAGUGUCACAGAACCCAGAGCAUCCUUAUCAGUGUCUGGACUGCGGGAAGAGCUUUAAGUGGUCUUCCAGGUUAGCACAUCACCAGCGUAGCCAUAAUAACGAGAGGCCGUACCGCUGCAACCUCUGCCCCAAGGCCUUCAAGGGAUCCUCUGCCCUGCUGUACCACCAGAGGUCCCAUUCAGGAGAGAAGCCCUAUAAGUGUGAUGACUGCGGUAAAGCUUUCAAACGAUCUUCUCUCCUACAGGUCCACCGAAGUGUGCACACCGGCCUGCGCACCUUUCAGUGCCCAUACUGCCCCCUGACCUUCAAGUGGAGCUCACACUACCAGUACCACCUGCGGCAGCACACGGGAGAAUGUCCAUAUCCAUGCGACAGCUGCCCCAAGGCCUUUAAGAACUCGAGCAGUCUGCGCAGGCACAAGAAUGUGCAUCUCGGGGUUAAGCCCUAUGUCUGCGUGGUCUGCAGCAAAGCCUUCAGUCAGUCCACCAACCUGAGGCAGCACAUGCGCAUACACACUGGCGAACGGCCGUAUGUAUGCAAUGAAUGCGGCCGCAGCUUCACCCAUUCGUCCAAUCUGGCUCUUCACCGCAACUCCCAUGUGGAAGGCAAGGCCAAGGGUGGGGCCAAAGCUGCCAAGUCGGGAACGAGGGCAGAGGUGGAGGUGGUGCUUGAGGAUACGACUUCAGAGGACUUGAGGGCAGUUGGCAUGACCAUUUCAGACAUGGUGGGUCUUGUAGGCGGACAGGAAGGCGGAGUUGGGCAGGUUUUCCUGUCACACCACAUGCCGUCGUCCUCCACGCCGUCAUCCUCUGGAAACGGCCAGAACGUGCUGACAACGGUUACAAGCUCUGGCCACAUGCAGGUUAGCAUGGAGGAGGUGAGCGUAGAAACGGGCGCAAACGUACUGCUUUACAGCUGUGGCAGCUGCAAUGAAACAUUUGGAACACAGACGCACUUAGAAGAGCAUCAGGCCCUGCACCUGGACAGCCUGGGGGCGGGGCACGGGGGUGGGGUCACCACUGGUGACAGCAUGGUGGAAGCUCAGGGUUGUGGAGUUUCCCUGAUAGGGACGGCACCCCUACUGGCAGACUUUGAGGAGGUAGUGGAAACCACAGCGGUGUCUGAAAGCGCACAAGGAGCAGAACUUCUCAGUUUAGGUGGGAUCGGAGGCGGGACCGGGCAUGUUCAGUACGAUCUGCUCCAGAGCUUCACCGGCUCCGUACCUGCCGACGCCACCGUGCCCGCAGUGGACACGACCACAAGAGUGGCGGCUUUGUCAGAAUGUUCCUACUGCGGGAAGAGCUUUAAAACCAGCAACUCUCUGAACAGACACAUGGCACAGGUGCAUCCUGUGUCCCAGCAGUCCCGCUCUCAGUUCAGCUGCUCGGCGUGUGAUCGCUCGUUCCCCCUGCUCUCCUCUCUUCUCAACCACCAGCUCUCCCACACUGAGGAGCAGAGACUUCUGGCUGAGGCUGAGGCCGAAGCAGAAAUCGUCUGUCCUCCUUCGCUUUCCCUCGCCCUGCCCCUGCCAUCCUCUCCCUCUGCCAAGCGAGAUGGAGACGAUGGCGAGAGGGAGAUUCACGUCAGCCUCAUCGCUGUGACAGAGGAGGAGAGACAAACGUGUGGGAAAACGACCACAAGGGCAUCGGGGAGGGCUGGGAGAAAAGGAGGUGGGAACAAGAGCGCCACUUCGAAUAAUGAGAGGCCAUAUCGUUGCUCAGAGUGUGGGAAGUCCUUCAAGGGUUCGUCAGGACUGCGCUACCACAUGAGAGACCACACGGGAGAAAGACCGUACCGCUGCACAGAGUGCGGAAAGAGCUUCAAGAGAUCCUCUCUGCUGUCCAUACAUCAGCGGGUGCACACAGGAGUACGAGCCUUCCAGUGCUCGUAUUGCUCUCUAACCUUCAAGUGGAGCUCGCAUUAUCAGUACCAUCUCCGCCAGCACACAGGCGAGCGGCCCUACGUUUGUCAGGAAUGUGGCAAGUCCUUCAAAAACACCAGUUGCCUGCGAAGACACAGCCAGCUGCACUCCGGCUUGCGUCCUCACGCCUGUUCUGUGUGCGGCAAGUCCUUUUCCCAAACCUCCAACCUGAAGCAGCACGAGCGUACACACUCGGGAGAGAGACCCUUUCAGUGUAUGCAGUGUCACAAGAGCUUCACACACUCCUCUAACCUGCAGCUGCACCUGCGCACACACUACUCACGCAAGGACUUCAAGUGCCAGCACUGCAACAAGGAGUUUGUCAUGCACUCUUACUUGCAGAGGCAUCUCCGAACCCACGUCAAUGGAGGACUGGCCUCGUGUGCAAAAGAAGGGGGGAAGGCCGGAAAGACUGGGAAAGGUGGGGCUACUGAAAACACUGCGACCACGAUGAGUUUGAAUGUGAACGCAUCAGGUGGGCUAGGCUCGCUGUUUCCCACGGAUGGAAACUCCACCCUGAUCCUCUCUUCAUCAAACCUGGACAUUCCCCCAAACACCUCACAGAAUUAUUUCAUGAUUCAGACUCCCAUGGGACUGCAGUUAAUCCCACUGUCCAAUCCAGUGCCAACGCAACCAGCACCACCUCCUCCACCACCACCUCCUCCUCCUCCACCACCAGUACAACCACCAUCCCAGAACUUCCUCCUACUUCAGUGCCCAUCUACUAAUGGAAUCCAGCCAAGCAUCAUCCUCGUUCCCACAGCAGGCAAUUCAAACACUGUUCCUGCCCCCGCUGUGCCACAGCCCCUGCCCUUAGUACAAACCAUACCAGCAUUGCCCCAGGUCCUGGCUUCACCUCAAACACAAAUAUCUCAGUUCCAACCACUCCAGACCCAGCAGAGGUUUAUCCUCACCAACAAUAACAAUGCUUCCCUUAUUACCACCCCACCCCAAAACACAACAGCCAUAACUAGACCCAUAUUGGGAACACUAGGCCGUACCAGGAACACCAGAACCAGGCGUGGGCGCAAAACCAAAGCCAAAACCCCAGCAUCUGUUUCCUUGCUACAGACAACACAACCUGCACCAGCAACUCAAUCAUUAACCCCACUCUCAACAUCUUCUACAAACGCUUCAACUGCUGCUGCUGCUGCUGCUCCAGUGACUUUGACCCAGCAACUUAACGUUCAGGUUCCAUCAUUGGUGCCAUCUCAGAAUUCAGGUCCAGUACUUUCUGUCACGCCUUCUGUCCCAGCCACCGUCCCAGCCACACCAGUGAACCCAACAGCAAGUGCACCAACAAAUAGUCCCUGUGCCUCAACAGGUGACCCCCAGAACGCAACUGCUGCAGACAAGCUCCCGGAGCCACUCUCAGGGGAGCACUUUGUUCUGUGUUUUAAGAAGGAGACAGGAGAGAGGGAACAGGGGGACGGGAUGGAGGUUAAGGUGGAGAUGGAUGGUAGGGUUGAGGAAGGAAGAUCUUAUGUGUUACAGUUUGAGGGAGAAGGGGAACAAGGGGAGGGAGGGAGUGGCGAAGGUGUGGAAAAGUCUUAUGUUCUUCGUAUUCAGGCGGAGGGAGAACCAGAGGGAGGUGAUGUGAAGGAGGAGGCCGAGAUGGUUUCUCUUAAUUUGCUUCAAGAGUGGAGCAGGGGAAGGGAAGGGGAAAGAAUGGAAGGGAUCGAGGGAGGUGUCGGGGUGCAGGAGAAAUCGUUUGUUCUUCAUUUCCAAGCAGAGCCUCAGAGUGAUAAUGACAUUCAACAGAACUCUAAUUUCACAGAAGGUCAGAAUGAAGACCUUGGCCUUUCCUGUCAUUCUGCCCAAACUUUGAUGCCACUUGGGGGGCAGGAAGUUGUAUUUGAGUUGGCCAAUGAGGCUAAGAUAGAUGGGGACACAAGCACUGGACAGAGCGUUCAAAUGAUUGCACUUAUAGAAGGCGAGGGCAGCAGUGCUGAGGUUGGGGACAACUUUACUGACCCAGGUAGAGUUGUUGGGACAGGAACUGGGCAAAUGGAGGGUAUCUUUCAGUUAGAGGGUGGAGAAGGUAUCGUUAUUAUUGAAGUCAGUACCGGUGGUUUGAGAGAAGAAGCAGAGGGAGGAGUUUCUUUGGGGUUACGGAAUGUGGAAAAAGAAGUUCCUGCAGCGCAGGAAGGGACGUCUGAAGAGCAGAAGGUUCUGGAAACCGAGAGCAGAUUGUCAUCAGCUGGAGUAAACGGGGCCGAGGGCUGAGCUAGAAUUGACUCGCAUGAAUAACCUAGAGAGUGCACAAUUUGUCUGAUUAACCUUCACACACUACUUCACUUGACUGUACCAGUGAUACGUGUCGUCAUUAACACAAAUCGUCCAGUUUUGGCAAAGGUUAGUGAUGUAAUGUGUCACAAUCCAGGUGACUAAAGAAACCUAACCAGUCACUCCUGAUUAGGUUCUAUGUCUUUCAGCCAUCAAAAGAUUAAAAUCAAGGGAAGCUGGAAGCCAAGCACAUGAUUAAAAAUUAUUUAACCUCUUCAAUGGUUGAACAUUUUGAGAAACUUUCCAUUUCACUUUUUCUAAUGAUUCUCUGGGCAAUGAAGUGGAGCACUGCAAUUUCUUCUACAAGGAGGCAGUUGCUCACCUGGCCCCUACGGGGAGCUGUUUCACAAACCACAAAUGGCAGAUGUAAACUGCUAAAAUAAGCUUCUGACUGAAAGAAAUUUCUAAAGCUGUUCUACUGGCAGAGAGUGUGCAGAGAUUGAGAAGAAACGAUUAAGAAUGUUGGACAUGAUAUGUAAAAACUAAUAAUAAUAUGCUGUCAUGUUGACAGUGGGUGUAUAAGAUGAACAUAAUUUGUGAAUAUGUCUAUACUGUUUCACUAUAACUGUUGAUAUUAGGACAUGGUCCUGUUCAAUAAAAAAAA